AAGAACAAAUUAAAAGGAUCCAGUAAGUCGAUGGCAUGCAUGUGUAUGUAAAGCGUUUCAAUCAGAAAUCGUAUCGCAAUUUUUAGCAGUAGAAUCCGAACAAUGAUACUUGUUACGUUGUUUCUUCAAAUCAUACUGGUAUCCGGUAAAAGUGUAUUUUAUAAAGAGCAUCAAUGCGUGAACAGUGGAAACAAUUUGAAAUCUGUCGUCGAAGAAAUCGUGGAAGAAAUUAUCGACCAAAGGAAUUGCAUUGUUUUUGUUAGCGAUUCUGUUUAUCGAAAUCUCGUAGAUGUUAAAAAUAUUAAAGGUUCCUCAACUGUAUUGAAAUAUGAGAUUGCACUGCGUGAUAACGAACAAUUUUUACAGCCAAGACGACAAGUUCAGAGAAUUUUGAUCGACGGAAAAGCAGUUAAUUGCAGUGCAUAUAUUAUAUUAAUUGCUAAUGGAUUUAUGGCAGCUGAAUUUUUGCAAUAUACAGAAAGAGAACGUCUUAUUAACACCCGUGGAUUAUUUUUACUGUUAUAUGACUCUCGUUUAUUCCGAUCGCAUUUGCAUUAUCUUUGGAACAGGAUAAUUAAUGUAGUUUUUAUUCGCCAAUACAAUGCAUACAAGUAUCGUUCUGGUGAGAAAGCUUCCAAAGAAAGAAUUGAUUUGGAUACGGUCUAUUUUCCCCUUCGUAAAAGAAAAUCUAUUGUGACAAAAUAUAUAGAUACUUGGUACAAAGGCAAAUUGCUUUAUGGUACCAAUCAUUUUACAGAGAAAAUCACUAACUUACAAGAAAAACAUUUGCAAAUUGCUGUAUUUGAGCAUAUUCCAGCAGUGACAACAAAGUCAAGAGCAUACUAUAACAAACAACCAAAUAAUAACACAGAAGGUCUUGGAAUAGAAUUUGAAUUAAUGCAGAUCAUAUCAAAAGCAAUGAAUUUUAAACCAAAAUAUUAUAUGCCUGAUAAUAUUACUUUAGAGAAAUGGGGCAUCAACGAAGAUAAUCAAACUCAUGUUGGAUUAGUAGGUGAAGCCAUACAAGGAAAGGCUGCAUUUUAUUUGGGUGAUUUGCACUAUACAUUGCACCACUUGAAUUACUUUGACCUUACUACCCCAUACAAUACUGAAUGCCUUACUUUUCUGACACCAGAAUCUUUAACUAAAAAUUCAUGGAAGCUUCUAAUACUUCCAUUCAAAUUUUACACCUGGAUUGCUCUUGUCCUUACUUUAAUUUUAGGAGGGGUUGUAUUUUAUUUUUUAUCAAUAUCGUAUAAAAAACAUAUAAGUUUGUAUAAAAAUCAAAUGCAUUUCCAAAAUACAUCAAUGAAGAAAGAAAUAAAGGGGUUAUACUUAUUCACUGAAAUAGGAAAUAGUAUUUUAUAUACUUAUGGCAUGCUAUUUCAAAUUUCAUUGCCAAGUUUGCCAAGCUCUUGGGCUGUACGGGUAUUAAUUGGAUGGUGGUGGAUUUAUAGCAUUUUAGUUGCAGUUGCUUAUCGAGCUAGCAUGACCGCAACCUUAGCGAAUCCAGUUGCCAGAGUUACUAUUGAUACAUUAGGACAGUUGGCAAAAAGUUCUAUAGAAGUUGGAGGAUGGAAUAAGGAGAAUAAAAAUUUUUUCUCAAUGUCAUCAGAUCUUAGUAGCCAAGAAAUUGGUAACAAAUUCAAGUUAAUUCAAGAAGAAGAUAAAGCUAUUGAGAAAGUGGCAAACGGUUCUUUUGCUUACUAUGAGAAUUCUUAUUUACUUCGACAUGUCCGUGUAAAGAGACAGAUAUUAGAGAAAGAACAAAAAGAAAAUAUAACUACAGUGGAUAUAUCAUCAAAGCAUAAUUUACAUAUCAUGGAAGAAUGUGUCAUAAAUAUGCCAAUAGCCCUUGGUUUAGAAAAAAAUUCACCAUUGAAACCAAGGGUUGAUACUUUAAUAAGGCGUAUAAUAGAAAUUGGAUUAGUUGAAAAAUGGUUAAGUGAUGUCAUGGAGUGGUCAAAAAUUAUGGAAAUAAGACAAGAAACAGAGUCAGAGAAAGCAUUGGUUGAUCUUCAUAAAUUACAAGGUGCAUUUAUUGCAAUUAUAGUUGGAUAUGUAUUAGCUUUUAUGGUUUUAAUAGGUGAAAUUUUAUAUUGGAAACAUAUUGUACUAAAAGAUCCAAAGUUUGACAAGUACCAUUUAGAUAUAUUCUAUAGCAUUAAUAAUCCCAAAAUAUAAAAAAACAAUUAAUAUUUUUUCAUUAAUUUUUCAAAAGAUAAAAUUUAUUUUAUUGUGAUAAUAAAAUCUUAAAAGCUUAAAAAUCUUAAAAAUAGAAAAAGAUUACUUUUUUAAUAUAUGUUUAUAAAAUUAUGGUAAAUAUUAUCAUAUAGUAGGCAUAAAAAGGAUAUGAACUAAACUUAUUGCAGAUAAAAAAUUUAAACAUGUAUGUACAUAAGUUAUGGUUACAGAUUGCAAGAUGUCUAUGACUAAAAAACAGUUGCUAUCAAUAUGAUACAGCUAUAAUUGUGACAAAAAUAUAAUAAAAGAAUUUAUAAGUCCUUAGUAAAAUGUUAAUAAAAUUA